CAAAUGUGGAGGGUAAUUUGGGAAUUACUCCAAACCUCAGGGGUACUUGAUGAAAUUUCCCAUUAUUUUAUUAUUUCCUCACCCUUCCACCUAUCCGAGCUACCCCACCAUGUCUUCUUUCUCUUUCAAUUCCUUUUUUGCUCCUCUUUUUCUUGGUCCAUCAUGAAGGAUUGGGCAUCAGUUUUUUGGCCAAUUUUUCUCUCUCUCAUAAUAAACUAAUAUUACUUUUAUACUCUCUCUACUCGUAACCCACAAGAAGAGCCGCUGCUGGAAGUACUCUUAAUUUUACCUACUAUCUCCUACUAAAUAAAAUGAAAGACAUGCAAACUUCAAACAUCUUAACAGAUAAUAUGUGCUGGGUUGAACAAUUCAAAUUAAACACUAUAGCAAUUCCUUGUUGUCGAAUAAUAUCUUAAAUCUUUCUAUUUUAUAAGAUAAAAGUCGCAUUAUUUGUCGUUACUCGCUAAUGCAUGUGCUUUUGCCCUUUAAUUCCUGCCAAAUUGCAUAUAUCUAAAUUAGGAUUAUCAUUUGACUUGGCAAACCGCCACAAAUAAAUCCAUGUCAACUCUAAACUAAGAUCAAUAUAAUGAGCCCAACAAAUGACUUUUUUUAGAUAAAUCCUUCAAGUCAAGAAGCAUGUCUGUUCUAGAAUGUAAUAAUGUAUCAAUCAUACCACUUCAUGCUGUAAGCAAAAAAAACUUAUUUUUGAAAAUCAUUAAGUUAGCCAAUUUUAAGCCAUAAUGAUAGCUUUGACAUGGACUUUUAAUGAAAUUCACGUUAGUUCAUGACAUGCAUAUAUACUUGGCAAUUAUUUAGACACCCAUGUGUGAUAAAGUAACUAAUAAUAUUAUUAAUACUAACAUGCAAAUUAUUAAUAAUCAAGGUCAAAUUGUUCACUAUAAAUAAGGAAGAGUUUCUUAGCAAUUCUCAUCAUCAUUUUAUCAUAUAAUUAAAAACCACAUUUAAUUUUCUUCCACAAAAUAUUUCUGCUAAAAUAAGCUAAGCUAGAUAAUAUAGAGAAAUUAUGAGGUGCAAUUCUCCUUCAACAGUCUUAGCCCUAGGGCUCAUGCUAUUGACCCUUGUUAGCCAAUGUCACGGGAAACUAUAUGUUGGGUACUACAACGGAAAAUGUUGGAAGUACAAUGUUGAAGAAAUUAUUUUUAACGUGGUUAAGGCUAAGUACAUGAAAGAUCCAACUAUUGUUGCUGGUCUCGUUCGUUUACAUUUUCAUGAUUGCAUUGUUAGGGGAUGUGAUGCAUCAGUCUUACUUGACGGACCAAAAUCAGAGAAAGCUGCUGCACCAAAUCAAAGUCUUAAGAGCUUUGAUGUUGUGGAUGCUGCAAAGGCUGCUGUGGAGGAAUACUGUCCGGGGGUUGUUUCAUGUGCUGAUGUGCUUACUAUUGCAGCUAGAACUUCUAUCUUUUUGGCCGGAGGUAAAUGGUACUACGCAGAGACAGGAAGACGAGAUGGUUUUGUUUCACAUGAAAAAGAUGCCCUAGCAAAUCUACCAUCAGAGUACAUGCCAGCACGUGACGCUAUCAAUCUAUUUGAUUCAAAGGGAAUAAGCAAGGAGGAUUUUGUAGUCCUUCUAGGAGGAGGACAUUCUAUCGGAACUGUACACUGUGACAAGUUUAAACACCGUCUAUAUAAUUUCCACAACACCGGUAAACCAGAUGCAAGAAUCAAUAACGGUAUGCUCUACACCUUAAGGAAAAUAUGUCCAAAGAAGAGUUAUUCAAACAACAAACUUUACUUUGAUUACAAUCCAAGAAGCCAUUAUCGCGUCGAUAAUGGCUUCAUGAAGCAUCUAUUGUUCAACCAUGGACUUCUUGAGGUUGAUGCAAAUAUAGCUACUUCUCCACUUACCAACAGCAUUGUGAAAAAGCUGGCCUAUGCUCCAGGUUACUUUGACAAUAAAUUUGGUCCUGCUAUGGUUAAAAUGGGAAGAAUUGGCGUUCUCACUGGAAAUCAUGGAGAAGUUAGGAAAUAUUGUGGUGCUGUAAAUCAUCACAAGUAUUGAUAUUAAGUAUUCACAAAUUCUUUGUUCCUUCAUAUUAGAAGAGAUUUUACCAAUUUCUAUGUAUUUAUAUGCAUGGCAAUGUAUAAGUUAUGCAUUUUUGUUGAUUUGUUUACAGUGUAAUAUUGAUGUUUUUUUUUUAACGCAAGUCCUCCCCGAUCAAAUAAGUAGUGCAAAUUGGGGGAGCUUCGUUUGCAAUAAAUUUUUUAA